GCUACAGUACAAUAAAUACCUAUAAUUAUUAACGAUAUUAAUUGAUUAUUGGCAAUGGGCCACCGGCCAUCUAAGCAUACCCUGCAGACAUUGGAAACCAUUCCACAAGUUUCAUUGUCCUCAGGUAAGCUGUUCUCCUCAUGGAAUUCUUUAUUCCAAGGUCAACACCUUUGUCCUCACUGCCCCCAGACAAGACACCAGCGAUGGUCCAAUAUUCUCUUCCCCUAUUAUACAGAAUCGGAGACGUCAGACCAGACGUCUGAGCACCAAGAUUCCAAGCAGGACUUAAGGUCUCCUUCCAUCUACAGUGUCAUCGACACUGUGCCGCAGCUUGACUUCUACAUCAAUGCAACAGCAACAGGCCGUUAUCGACGCAGCAGACCAUCGUUGGAAGUCCUUCGAAAGGCAACAGAUGAUGUGGAGCUUGGCACUGAGGGUAGUGGUGAAGGAACAGCUGAACUGGCUGGUACUCCAGAGUCAGCCCAGGGAGGUGCGAACAAUAGGCGGAAGGCCGCAGCUCAACCCGUGCGCUUCGGCUGGAUCACGGGAGUCAUGAUCCGCUGCAUGCUCAACAUCUGGGGAGUCAUUACGUUUCUUCGUUUGUCCUGGAUCACAUCCCAAGCAGGCAUCCUUCUCACUUGGCUCAUCAUCCUCAUGUCCGUCCUUGUGACAUCCAUAACUGCACUGUCUGUCUCUGCUAUCUCCACCAAUGGGAAGGUGUAUUCAGGGGGUGCCUACUUCAUGAUCUCUCGCACCCUUGGUCCAGAGGUGGGAGGUCCAAUCGGUGUGGUUUACUCCUUUGCAAACGCUAUUGGCUGUGCCUUACACACCGUGGGCUUCUCAGAAACCGUCCGAGACCUUCUAAUAGAAUAUAAUGCAGUGAUUGUUGAUCCAGUCAACGAUGUAAGGAUUGUGGGCGUGGCCACAGUCACAAUGCUGCUCUUGAUUUCAUUGGCUGGCAUGGAGUGGGAGGCCAAGACGCAAAUUCUCUUCUUUGCAAUUCUCAUGGUUUCCUUCGUCAACUACUUUGUGGGAACUCUGAUUCCAGCCACUCCAGAGAAGCAGUCCGUAGGAUUCUUUGGCUACAACAGUGAGAUUUUUGUCACAAACCUGAUGCCAAACUGGAGAGGACCUGAGGCGAACUUCUUCCAGAUGUUUGCAAUCUUCUUCCCAUCUGCCAUUGGAAUUCUGUCUGGGGCCAACAUUUCUGGAGAUCUAAAGGAUCCAGAAAUAGCAAUUCCAAAGGGCACACUGAUGGCUAUUUUUUGGACAACACUCAGUUACCUGGGGAUAUCUGCUACCAUAGGAGCAUGUGUUGUGCGGGAUGCCUCAGGGAGUAUGAAUGACAGUAUAUCUGGAAAUGUGUCAUGUGAGGGCAUGGGAUGCAAUCUAGGCUGGGAUUUCUCUCAGUGUGAAAUGAAUCAGACUUGCAAGUACGGGCUGGCCAACAACUUCCAGGUGCUUACAACGGUGUCUGGCUUUGGGCCCCUUAUCACUGCUGGGAUCUUCUCUGCCACACUCUCCUCUGCUCUUGCCUUCAUAGUUUCUGCCCCCAAGGUCUUCCAGUGUCUCUGUAGAGACAAUAUCUACCCAUACAUUGGCUUCUUUGGCAAGGGUUAUGGGAAAAAUCAAGAGCCCUUCCGUGCAUAUGUUCUCACAUACUUCAUCGCUGUAGCCUUCAUUCUAAUCGGUGAUCUGAAUUCCAUUGCUCCACUCAUCUCCAACUUCUUCCUCUGCUCCUAUUCUCUCAUCAACGUCAGCUGCUUUCAUGCCUCGAUCACAAACUCACCCGGAUGGAGACCUUCUUUCAAAUACUACAGUCACUGGGUAGCCUUAUUCGGGGUUGUCAUUUCUGUUGUCCUGAUGUUCCUGCUAAACUGGUGGGCUGCACUUAUAGCCUUCGGCCUUAUCUUCUUCCUAUUGGGAUAUGUCAUCUACAAGAAACCAGCGGUUAACUGGGGCUCCUCGGUGCAGGCUGGAACCUACAACAUGGCCCUGUCCUACUCUGUCUCGCUCUCAGGGGUGGAAGACCACGUCAAGAACUUUAGACCGCAGUGUCUCGUUCUGACAGGUCCCCCAAAUGUGCGCCCAGCGCUGGUGGACUUCGUGAGCUCCUUCACCAAAAACAUCAGUCUGAUGAUCUGUGGUGACAUCCUCAUGGACAAUGACAAAUCAGUCGUGCCCCAACACAACAUUGAAGCUCUUGUUAAAUGGUUAAACCGCAGGAAAGUUCGCUCUUUUUACACCCCCUUUGCUGGGGCCAGUCUCAGAGAGGGCACCCGCAGCCUCUUGCAGGCUAUAGGUCUUGGAAAACUGAAGCCAAAUAUUCUCAUAAUGGGAUUCAAGACCAGCUGGCAGGAGUGCUCCCCACACAGUCUGGAGGACUAUAUUUCCACCAUAAAUGACACAUUUGACUCCAACUACGGUGUGUGUCUGCUGAGGAUGAUGGAUGGACUGGACAUUUCAGAGGACACCGAGGGUGAAGUGAACACAGCCUUUGAAAUGGAGGAAUCAGAAGAUGAAGAUCACAGAAUUCAAAAAGGUGACCUAGACAAAGAUCAUGUGGCAUCUGAUGAUACUACCAAGGAGCAGAUCCAUACAGUGUUUCAGAACAAUCAAGGAAAAAAGACCAUCGAUGUGUACUGGGUCUCUGAUGAUGGAGGCCUCACUCUGCUGGUGCCCUACCUGCUGACUCGGCGGAAGCGCUGGCGUCAAUGCAAGGUGCGCGUCUUCAUCGUGGGUGACCAGCAGAGUAUGGAGGAACAGCGCAAAGAGAUGGUCUCUCUGCUUCAAAAGUUUCGUCUGGACGUCCAUGAUGUCAUUGUGAUGACAGACACCGAACGGCGCCCUCACACCAAAAAUAUGAUGCGCUUUGAAGAGACCCUGGAGCCCUUCAGGUUGAGGGAUGGACUGAUGGAGGAGGUGACAGUACAAGAACUGAGAAAGGACUUUCCCUGGAAGGUGACCGCCAAGGAAUUAGAGGCACUCAGACCAAAGUCAGAGAAAAAGGUGAAGCUGAAUGAGAUCAUUAGAAGGCACUCCAAAGAUGCCGCACUAGUCCUAGUGAGCUUGCCGGUGCCACAGACUGAUUGCCCCAACAUCCUGUACAUGGCGUGGCUGGACACCUUAACAAGUGGUCUCCACUGUCCUGCUCUGCUCAUUCGAGGCAACCAGCAAAAUGUGUUGACCUUCUACUGCCAGUGA